AUGGUGUUCAAUUUCGUUUCACAUGCAAUUUCCAUAGCCGUUGGUGCUAUUUAUCCAUCUUUUCAAACGAUCAAGGUGAUUCGGGAAGGAAGCACAGCAAUGUUGAUCAAAUGGUUGAAGUAUUGGACAGUGUUCUCGAGUAUGCUGGUCGCUGAUACUGCUCUUGAUGCAUUAUUAUUAUCUUACCUUAUCCCAGGCUAUACACUCCUGAAAAUUGCUCUUCUCGGAUGGGCGGCAAGUCCGUACACGAAUGGUGCCGAAAUUAUUUUCGACAAGUUCGUAUUACCCUUACUGGAAUCAUAUGAAUCGGAUUUCGACGCAUUCACAUCACGUGUGAUAUCUGCUGGACAAGGGACAGUCGAACGAAUCUGGAGCAAUGUCCUUGCUUGUACACGAGAUGCAGUGUUCAGUAUAAUGUGGAGGAGAGAGUCGCACUCAUUGCAGUAUCAACGUUCAGUUCAAACGCCAAUCAGAACUGUGGUGGAAGAACAAGAUGAGGCAGACGUUGUACUGGACUACGACAACCGCAGAAUUAAGCCGGAACCGGUUGAUUAUGAUGAAGUGUAUUUUAAUGAGAAUGAAACAGGAUCGAUUGCGGAUAGUGAUGUUCAGCCUAUUGCCAUGAGGACGAGACGCUCAGGGAAGCCCAGAAAGAAAAUAGCUAGCAGGACUGGAGGGCGAGGCGACUUACCGUCAAAUCGACAAGUGAAAGCAAGAGGUUCACGUGCAAGAACUCGUAAGGUGGAAAGUGACCUGUCGGAUUAA